CACCAGGCGCACCGGCAGCCACCUUCUCUGCUGACUCAGUUGUGCCUUACCAGCAGUCCCUUCACCCCGAGAUACAGCAUCCAGCAACCGACGCACACUCCUCCGGUCAACCCGCCCCGACACCACCGUACAGAAAUGGCUAAGACCGCAAUCGCUUACAAAGAGAAGAUGAAGGAGAUCUCAGUUCUCUCACUCAUCUGCUCCUGUCUGUACCCCGAGACCCGCAAAAACAUCAUGGGUGACUUUGAAGACAUGGACAUCAAGCCCAUUAACAAGCGAGCCUCAGGCCAGGCUUUUGAGGUCAUCCUCAAGCCGUCCUCCCCUGUGUCUGAUGUUGCCCACUGCGUCACCAGCCCCCCAAAGAGAGACCUUUCCCUGGAGGACAUCCAGAAGAAACUGGAGGCGGCUGAGGACCGGAGGAGA